AUGCCACAUACCUAUGGAGACGAAGACCUCGACAAUGCCGACGACAAGUACCAUGAAUCGUCCGAUGAAGACUUUAACCCCGACGCUGCCCCAGCUGAAGAGGCAUCCAGCUCCGAAGACGAAGACCAUGUCACUAUAGAACCCACACAACGCAAGGGCAAGCGGAAUGCACCGGCCGAUCAAGACCUCGACUCUGGAGAUGAGGUGACAAUACAAGCUGCGCGGAAGAAGCGGGCGAAGAAGAAGGGCAAGAAAGGCAGCAACGAAGACGAGCUGAUCAUAUCGGAUGAUGAAGGCGGGGAGGGUGGACUUAUCAAAACUCGGGCCCAACGGAGAGUUGAGGGCAAGGAGAGGAGACCGCUUGCAAGAACCGAGGGCGCAACUGUUGAUGUCGACGCGCUAUGGGCUCAGAUGACAGCAGCGCCUUUGAAGCCUCUGGAAUCCACCAAACCGCAGGAAGCGGCCGCGCCACAGCAUCAUGCACCCGUAGUCAACAUUCCAGUAUCGGCGGAGGAAGAAGAACAGCUGACGAUCAAGAAGAUCUUCACAUUCGCUGGGCAGGAUACUACCGAGGAGAAGCAGAUACCACGCUCGCAACUUGACAAAUACCUCAAAGAUGGUUGGAAGACACUCGAUGCACCCGCUGCAACCACGCCUGCAGCAGAAUCCCCUAAAGUUCCCUCCGAAUCUACCGGACCCAAGCUCCGUCGUCCUGUCCGCCGCCCUUCACGAUUCGAUCCUAACCCUACAGGCUAUGUCCGCGCUCUCGCACCUGAACAUCAGCUCUCCUGGCCCCGUACAUCCACCACCUUACAGCCCGAUCAAGAACUCGUUCCGGAAGCCGACGUCCCGAUCACGAAGAAGGCAGAGAAAGCGCAAAAGCUUAAUGUUGUGGACAAAUCGCGCAUGGAUUGGACAGGUUUUGUGGACAAGGAAGGCAUCGCAGAGGAACUGGAUACACAUGGAAAGACCAAAGAAGCCUACUUGGGUCGUAUGGAAUUCUUGGCUGGUGUUGAGGCACGGAGAGAAGAGGAGAGGAGGAACUUGAAGAUUAAGGCUGCGGCCGCUGCGCCCACGGCAGGCUGAGCUGUAGCGCUCGUAAUGUUCUGGAGAGGUGUAGAUGCUUUCUAAUGAUACCCACAUGUCGCUUUACAGGGAUGUGUUCUUUCCUGCUUCCCUGUCAUGACUUCUUUUGCUCUGCGGCUACGUGUGCCUGCUGGAACGAGGCGAUCGGACUCUUAUUGGCACAUGAAACUUCGCGUAAUCAUUGUAUGGUUAUCAUUUCGUGCUGACAAUUAAUGGGAAGCGAAAGCGCAAAUGGGUAUACUGCAGCGCGGAUACGACAGCAAGAAGCAAAUAUACAAUGUCAUGGUGCGUAGAUACGACCACAGAAGAUGAAGCCAAAGAACGAGAUGGAACAGAUCUCUACAUAUUCU